AUGGCUAGUUUCCCACGGGAUCUGAUCCUUGAGAUCGCAGAGAAAUCAGACAUCCACUCUCUGCUCAGACUUAGCAAGACAAGCAAGGAGAUCAACGAGCUCCUCAAGACGUAUGAAUGUUCAUUGACGAAGUCACGCCUCGCAGACUUCCCUGUCCCGCCUCUUGGUGAUAUUCUCUCUUCAGAGCUACGUCUUCGACGCCUAAUAAAAUAUGGAAGUUUUCAAAUGCUUCUAGAGUUAAACAAACGGAAAUCCAGAAUCGAAGAGAUUCUCACAGCCUGUCCCCACUUCAAUCUCAAGUCACCACCAGGCUUAGGAGAGCUCACCAAUCCUCAGCAAAAGCGCCUAUGUGCACUCCUGUACCGUGCAAUUGCACAAUGCGAUCAUAUUGCAGAUCUCGCAGCCAAUGCACCUAAAGGUCCGCCUGCGACACAAUGGUAUAAACCCGAAUUCAUAGAAUGGUGGGUUGACCGCGGGCUGCCAUUAUACUAUCGUGAGAAAGAUCCGUAUACAAACUAUCUCGCACGUCCCGCGCAACAGGAAUACAUCCGAAACCUUGCAAAACAGGAUUGUACCGUGAUGUACUAUCUGAUGAAUAUGAUGGGAUCAUGCUGGGCCAACUCCCGCAGAGAUUGGUUCCUCUCAGAUCCCGCCUUUUACGAGCGUAUUAUCGCCUUCAAGGAAUGCGUUCUGCGACAUGGAUCAUGGUGUGCAUGGGCUCACCUCAUCGGAGGCGGCGAAUGGGAAUCCAUGACCGAUGAUAUUACUAGGAUCGGAUUGGCCGAACUCAAUAGUUUUGAGUGCGGCGACAAAGAUGCCCAGUGUAGUCUGCAGUCAGUGCUGAUUGGUCGGUUUAAUGAACUGCACGAAUCUCCAGACAACGGACAAUUGACGUCACAACAGGCGGUUAUACGUUUGAUCACCGCGGAUAUUGACGAUAGCGACAAUGGAGGCCAGGAAGAAGGUGAAGAUCAGGAUGAAGAAGACCAAGAAUAG